AUGACUAUUGAACUUGAAGAGCCGCCAUUGACACGUGAUAAUCUCCAAGUCUAUAAAGACUUAUUUGCUGGUACCAUUGGUGGGAUCUCUCAAGUUCUUGUUGGUCAGCCGUUCGAUACUGUGAAGGUCCGGUUACAAUCUGCACCUGAGGGAACUUAUUCAGGAGCAUUAGAUGUUAUCAAGCAAUUAAUAAAGAAUGAAGGUUUUCGUGGUUUUUAUAAGGGAACUUUGACUCCUUUGGUAGGAGUUGGUGCUUGUGUUUCUGUUCAAUUUUCAGUCAAUGAAUUCAUGAAACGUCAUUAUGAUGAUAAGUUGAAUGGUAAGCCUUUAAGUUUGGGUCAAUUUUUCAAUUGUGGUGCUGUGGCAGGUUUUGCUAACGGGUGUUUGGCUUCUCCUAUUGAACAUAUUCGUAUUCGUUUGCAAACACAAACUGGUAAUCAAAAACUAUUUAAUGGUCCGCUUGAUUGUGCUAAAAAAUUAUACCAAACUAAUGGAUUGGUCCAUGGUAUUUAUAGAGGAUUGAGUCCUACAUUGAUUAGAGAGUCUAUUGGAUUGGGUAUUUAUUUCGCUACGUAUGAAGCAUUGAUUAAAAGAGAAUUAUCAUCGCAUACCAACUUGAUCCGGAAAGAUAUUCCGGGUUGGAAAUUAUGUCUCUUUGGGGGUUUAUCCGGUUAUACUUUAUGGAUAGCUAUUUAUCCAGUGGAUGUGAUCAAAUCAAAAUUACAAACUGAUUCCUUAACUCUGCCAAAGUAUAAAUCUUCUCUUGAUGUUAUAAAGGAUAUUACCAAAAGUUCUGGUAUAAAGGGGUUUUAUAGAGGGUUCAUUCCAACCAUAUUGAGAGCUGCACCAGCCAAUGGUGCUACUUUUGCUGCCUUUGAAAUCACAAUGAGACUCAUAAGCUGA